AUGGUUGGGUUUGGUUCGGCUUAUGUUCGGGUUAAGUUUAAGUUUCUUUAUGGAGGAUCGUUAUGCCUUGCGGAACAUGAUGCAAGAGUUAUUCUCGAAUUAUUAAUUUCAACGGAUGAAUUAGAACUUGAUGAACUGACAGAUUUCAUUCAAGAAUAUUUAUUAAAUAAUUCAUGGAGGUUAAUGUCCCAUUUUGUGUUAUUUCACAAAUUCGCGAUGCAAAAUGAUGAAAGGUUUCCCAAAAUAAGAAAAUGUGUAAUCGAAUUAAUAAAGGAGAAUCCUUCGACAAUAUUUGAUUCAAAUGAUUUUACUACUAUCGAUCAAGAUACAUUAAUCGCUUUUUUUAAAUGUCAUAACUUUUCUUCAAUUAAACCUGGAAUCUUGUGGAGAAAUUUGGUGGAAUGGGGUGUGGCUCACACGCCAUCGGUACCGAUACAAUAUAUUGAGUGGAAUGAUGAGGAUUUUGAAGCUUUAGGGGAUACGCUUGAACCUUUUAUCACAUUAAUUAAAUUUACCGAGAUGGAUUCCGAAGAAUUCCUUUCAGAAGUUAGACCUUGGAAAAAAUGUUUAGAUUACAUUGAUCCGGACUUUUAUACUCAAGUUCUUGAAUUUCGUCAAUUACCCGCUGUUAAUGUUACUUCUAAAUUGUUUAAAUUACUGUUGGAAGUGAGGAAUCGUAGACAUAUUAAAGAGAUUGAUUCCAAUUUGAUCACACCUUCUGACGCAACGUUAUUAGCAAAUUGGAUUUACGAGGUAUCAUCGAGUAACGGUACUAACUUUCCUUCUCAACAAGACAAUCCUUUGGUUGAGAAUACUGGAGAAAUCUUAGGAGGGUAUAACCCGGUCAAUUGGCAUUCAAACAUAUUAGGAAACUAUAGUCCAUCAAAUUCUUCAUUUAUUUUUUCCCUUGGUGAUAAAGUAUUUAAUUAUGAACCCAGAUUAUCAAAAAUUUCCAAUGCUUCUAAAGCAGUCUAUCAAAGUGAGUCAUACGGUCCUUGUUUUGGUGGGGGUUAUUCCGAUUUAAGAUUAUUUGGUGCUGAUUUUAAAGAUAAGGGGGAAUGUAGUCAAAGUGGUCAAUCUUAA